AUGGCGUCCAUGACCAACACUCCUCUUGCCACACUGCGCGCACUACGUGAGCACUUGAUUGCUGGUAAGUCUGUGGGCGUUGAAGAUGAAGAUCUGGUAUUCUAUGACGUUGGAGGUGUGGAGAUUCGGCGUCUUCCCAAGCACAAUGCGACCGCAUACCAUUCAAAAAAGCUGGACAAGAGCUACGACCUAUUGGCUGUGUAUACGUGCUUCAAGUAUGAGACACUGAGCUUUAGUGAUUACGUACUCAAGUGUCGAGAGAAGAAGGCUGCUAUGGUGUCGACUGUAGAUAAGAAGGAAUUGAUGGCGUAUUUGAAAGGGGACAUUGAGACUAGUCCACAGAUUUUAGACGCUAGUGGUCAACCUACGACAAAACGAGGUGAAAAGGAUCGUCGGAAUGUAGCAAAGAAACCGAGAGAAGGAGAAGAGGAUACAAGAGCUACUAAGAUAAAAAAGAUGGCGCAAGAGAAGGAGCAACAGCAGGAGCAGCAGAGACCACAGAAACAGGAUAAGACACUGCGACAAGUGGAGGUGGAAGCUGAGAUGAAGAGAAUUAUGGACAAGGAAUACGUCAUCAAGACAAGAACGACAGUGCUGGAUGCACAUACGACCAAGUUUGAUAAUGUGAUGAAGUUGCUCGAGCUGGUGAAUGCAGAGACCAAGGAGAAGAUUGAGAAGGCCACGAAAGCUUCUUUAGUAGCGACAACGAUAACGAAAAAAGAGCAAUUACCUAUGCAUCGACUCGUAAAAGAGAAGAUUCUGGGCACUCCGAUUAUUGUAGUGCCUGCAGGUUUCUCGGACUUGUUUACAAUGCUAAACGCCAAAGAUUUUCUUGAGGAAGGCGUGUAUGUGUCGAAUAUGCAGAAGAAAGCAGAGGGAAACCGGAAACAACAGUCUAUGAUGAUUACGCACGAAGAGGACGGACAUCUUUACACGUUCAAGGUGGUGGACACUGUUAAUCGCUUUCGUGACAAGGACUGGCGCUCCGUUGUUGGUGUAAUUGUGUCGGGGCAGUCGUGGCAGUUCAAGGGGUGGAAGUGGAAAUUUCCUCUUGAAGUAUUUAAGAAAGUGUGCGGAGUUCACAUUUACAAUCAAGGUUCUCAGCUAAAUCCUGACAUUAAGCAGUGGGAUGUGAAAGUGCUUAUGAUUCAUCCCGACAAGCGGCAUUUGGACAAAGUCGCAGCAAAAGAGUUUUGGCGCUACUUAUUUGCUUUUAUGAAGGUAAAGCUACAGUAG